CGCGAGAGCUUGCAGGGGGAUUUCCAGCACGCGCCCUGACUUCCCGAAGCAGUCGUUGUUUUGCUUUCGGUCUGAAUGCAGAAACAGAAAUAAACCACCGACACAAUCGGUUUUUUUUUGCGUUUUGAAGCCCUCCAGCUACUACUUGUCCACCUCGGAUUAAACGUGUUAAACUCCGACAGCGGCGCUGAGGAGCCACAGGCCGUCCAAAGCUGAGAAGGUCACAAUGCCUGUGGAAAGAAUGAGGAUGCGGCCGUGGCUGGAGGAACAGAUCAAUUCUUGUCAGAUCCCAGGCCUGAAAUGGGUGAACAAAGAAAAGAGAAUCUUCCAGAUCCCUUGGAUGCAUGCUGCGCGUCACGGCUGGGACCUGGAGAAAGACGCUCCGCUCUUCAUGAGAUGGGCCAUACACACUGGUAAAUACCAGCCUGGUGUGGACCGGCCCGAUCCAAAGACUUGGAAGGCUAAUUUCCGCUGUGCCAUGAACAGCCUGCCUGACAUCGAGGAGGUGAAGGAUAAAAGCAUCAAAAAAGGAACUAAUGCGUUCAGAGUUUAUAAGAUGCUCUCGUCCACAGAGAGAAGCUUGAAGAAAGGAAAGAAGAAGGCAGAUAAGGAAGGAAAGUCAAAGGGAACUAAAGAGGGAGCUUCUCUGUCUCCAAACACAACUCUUUCCGAAGCCUACGCAGUAACUCUUGACUGCUCCAAGCAGGUGAUGCUUAAAGAAGAGGAGCUGGAGCUUACAGUGACCAACAGUGGAUCAGCGAUCCACAGCUCAGCCUCGGACCAUGUGAUCCAGUGCGAGCAGCUGCCAGACGUGUGCCAGACAAUCGAAGUGACCACUGAGAACGAGGAGCAGACCGUUAGCUCCUCCCACUCGUACCCGCUGCAGAUCUCUCCUGUAUCUUCGUGCUGCGGCAGCGACACGGAGAGCGACACAGGAGACAACAAAGAGGCUGUUGGUCUGACGUGGAAGCAGGAAUACCAGUCGGUUCUCAGGAUCCCUGCGUGUUCCCUUCCCGGCAUGGCCACGUUCGUCAGCCCCAGCAAGCCCAACUUCAGGGUCACCAGCCUGAAGGACCCCACGCCCCUCAUCAGCUACCACAUCGACAGCUGGACACCGGCCUACAGCCAAGACUCUCACACGUCCACGCCGGGCAGUCACGCUCACGAGGUGCGCGCAAGUGUCAUUAGGAAAACCUCUGAUGUCACUUCCUCCUGACCUCAAAUGGGGAAGUAUCACUGCUUCCAGGGCAUAGGAAUGACAUAGAACAUUUGGCUUUUCCAUCAGGGCGACGUGGAGCUCAAAACUGGGGGGCAAACCUCCAAACCUUUGGUUUCCUUUAACAUAUGUAUGGAUCUUCAGUUCUCCCAGUUUUCCUUUUCCACUGACUAAUGCUCCGCUGGCUUUACUAGUCCAGUAAGUGGUGAGCAUUAUAGGGUCAGUGUGGGGCAGGGACAAAAGGACCAUCCUGACCUCCUCCAUGUGUCACUGGUGCAGCGUUUACCUGCUACUCAAGUGGCUUAAAAUGCCUUUUAGUAGUGCGAGGGUCUGGGCGUCUUUUUAGCUCGACUUAUCAAAGAUUAUUUGAAUUAAAUCCGUUAUUUUUGACAAGCUUAUUGAAAUCAUGUCCUCCUGUUCUUUCGUUGUGCUGCGUUUUUAAACCGUCCCCAGUCACAUAAACGUUGUGUUCUUUACCCAAGCCAAGCGCUAGUGUGUAACUGGUAUGUUAAAUGCUUUGCUGAGGACACAUGGAACCAGUAUGUGUUCUUGUACAGUGGCGUUAUCAUCCCAAUCAGUUCAGGUCACCAGAUAAAUCAUCACAGGUCUAUUUAUAUUCUCAAUCACUGGCCCCUCAGUGGAGAGCAGGUUGUGUGGAUCCGUCUGCCUGCAGACCUCAGGACACUGGACUCAACAUUACUAACGCAGGGGGACUAAUGGACUCAUCCAUGUGAUCAUGUCUCCUGGUGUCCACACUGUACAUAGUUCUUUUGUACGUGGGCUUUUGAUUGCUUUAGCACCUUACAGACCGCACUGUUGUGGGUAUGUGAGUGUGUGUGUGUGUGUGUGUGUGUGUGUGUGAGAGAGAGUCUGAGAGAGAUGGGGAGCAAAGCUUUACUGCAGAUAUGUGCCUUUUGAUGGUGUGGCUGCUUUCAAACUAGGCAUGGGGUGGAUGAAAUUCUUAAAAAUCAUUAGAAAAAAUACCAUGAGACAUUUCAACAAAAUAAUGGAAAUAAAAAACAUGAUGUGUGUUUUACACUGAGUUCUGCUCGAGAUUAUUCUUCCUCUGGCAGAUUCAGAUUCAAAACUAUUGUCAUCAAAGCACCAAGAAGUUUGUUUCUAAUUGCAAAUGAGACGGGCUGCUGUUAAAAGAUAAGAGAACAAUGUAAUAGAAAUCGUUUUUUCUUUUUGUUCACAUUUUAUUAAAAAAAAGGCAUUUCAAAAUCCCUUAUCUCAAUAAUCAAUGGAAAGAUCUUUAUUGGCCUUACAGCAAUUAAAUCCCUUUAAUGAUUUCUAGCUGGCUUCUUGCCUGGCUGUUUUAUUUCUUGUUUUAUUGAGCACAUUUAGAAACAACCUCCACUGCCCUAUAGCGCCGUACAAGUAGAAUAUAAAUACGUUUGUCUCCACUGUUUUGACAAUUCAUUUUUGGAUUAUAUUUACGUCGACCAAGCUGUUAUUAGCUGGUUUAUUUGUCAGAGCCUGACUCAGCUGACUUACAGCUGAGUCACUUAUUUUAAUCAGCUUUGCCUUAAGAAGAGUCAUAAUCUGCGCUUCUUUGUCGUCCACGGCAUAGCUGUCAGAUGAAUUUCUCUUUCUUAUAAGUGAGGGAAGAAUUUACAGUCACCUUUCAGCCAGCUGACUGGUAGUGUGCAGCACCAAAAGGUGGAGCCCAGCAUGAGUAUGCAGCCAGAGAAAACUCCGGUUACUCUGGCACUUCCUCGGGCAUCUUAUUAAAAUAAAACCGUACUUUAAACAUUAGAAACGGUAAGAUGAGGGAACCAGCCCAUGCCUACUUCAAGCUGCCUGUGCUUCAGUCUCCUAGAUACAACCAGCUGUGAAGAGUUUCACUCAGCCAUGUGUUGCUUUAGUAUUCCAGGAUGGGACAGAACCUCAGCACAUCUAAGAAAGUCACUGUUGUGCCUUUUUAUAAGACAUCCAUAUGAACAUGGAUUUGUUAGUUGUUAUUUUUGGAAAGCAUCCCCGGGGUCUUCGUUUUAAAUGCACAGAUGCUCCAUAACAACUUGAUCUCCCUUCGUCCUGCACAGAAGACUGAGCCGCACCAACAAAGACAUUAGUGUCGUCAGGAGUGGUUGGCCCCUGAUCUGAGGCUGUGGGCUCAGAUGUUGAGGGUUGCUGGCAGCUAGGAGGCUGAAGCAGAGCUCCAGCAGGACGACAGUGGAGCCACUGGGAAACCUGCAAUGCUGGGCAACCAAACCUCUCCCGAGUGUAACACUGUAUUCACACAACCAUCAUGGGGAUUUUCUAUAAGGCCUCUCACUGGAUCGAAGUUUUUUUUGUUUUUUUUUUUUUGCUUGCUUUACUGCAAAUCUUUCAGACAUGUGCCUUUUAUUAUUACUCAGUGACAGAAGCUGCGUUGUUUCAGUCUGAAGCGACAGCUCUGGAAUCCUGCAGUAUGUAAUGAUAUUUAAAGCAAAUUCUACUAAUAACUUAACCAACAGCCAUCUUCUUAUUUUGGACCACUGUAGCUACGUUGACUUGUGUAGACGCCAUCAUCGAAACCAGAAACGUGAAAAGAAAACAAUGAGCUGAAGCAUCGAGGUGUUUCCUGCCAUAGAAAACAGGAAGAAGAAAAAACUGAGGAUCAAAAUAUCUGGUGUAACAAUGAAACAUUUGGAAAGUCCGCUAAUUGGUGUUGCCUUAAAGAAGCCUCACAGUGACAUCCUGCAAAGAUUCAGAAAUGUGCACUUUUCCAUAGAUUUGUUUUGUGCUUUGUGUUUGUUAAAGAGAUGUGAUUACAACCAGGAGUCAGCAGUGAAAGCUGAUGUAAGAUGUGUCUGGUUUUUAGGGAUUUAGAGCCAUGAAACCUCUUAUCAGGAAAGAGUUGUCCCUCUUUAUGUUCUGCUGCACACUCUAAAGGACAAUGUAAGUAGUUGGCUAGAAAACAUACUAAAUAAAAUGGUCAUGGGUUUGCCAUCCGUCUGUCUGUUCAUUGUGAGAUCUACAUGUGAAUCAAUAUGUACAACUGAAAUAAAGUCUGUUUUUGUAUAUUU